UGCCCGACGCGGCGCUUAACGUCAGUCCUUUCCUCUUAGCCUCGCGUCCAAGAUGGCGGAGUACGACUUGACUACUCGCAUAGCGCAUUUUUUGGACCGGCAUUUGGUCUUCCCGCUCCUCGAGUUUCUUUCCGUCAAAGAGAUAUAUAAUAAAAAUGAAUUGUUUCAAGGAAAACUGGAUCUCCUUGGUGACACCAACAUGGUGGAUUUUGCUGUGGAUGUGUACAAAAAUCUUGAUUCCGAUUAUAUCCCUCCUGCUUUGUAUGAGAAAAGAGCUGUAGUUGUUGCACAGCUAAAACAAUUUCAAGAAGAAACAGAACCAAUUAUCAAGAUGUUUGAAGACAAAGAAACUGUACAACAAAUGCAGACAACUAGGGAUGGUCGGAUGCUAUUUGACUACUUAGCAGACAAGCAUGGUUUUAGGCAAGAGUAUUUGGAUACAAUCUAUAGGUAUGCUAAAUUCCAGUAUGAAUGUGGCAACUAUUCAGGAGCAGCAGAAUACCUGUACCUGUUUAGAGUGUUGGUUCCAUCAACAGAUAGAAAUGCUUUGAGUUCACUUUGGGGAAAGCUGGCAUCUGAAAUUCUGUUGCAAAACUGGGAGGCCGCCAUGGAGGACCUUACAAGGCUGAAAGAGACAAUUGAUAAUAAUUCUGUCAGCUCUCCACUCCAGUCUCUUCAGCAGAGAACAUGGUUCAUUCAUUGGUCCCUCUUCGUUUUCUUCAACCAUCCUAAAGGCAGAGAUAACAUCAUCGAUCUCUUUCUCUAUCAGCCCCAGUACCUUAAUGCAAUCCAGACGAUGUGCCCACAUAUUCUUCGGUAUCUGACUACAGCAGUGAUAACAAACAAAGAUGUUCGAAAACGUAGGCAAGUGUUGAAGGACUUAGUCAAGGUUAUUCAGCAGGAAUCUUACACCUACAAGGACCCAAUAACAGAGUUUGUAGAAUGCUUUUAUGUGAACUUUGACUUCGAUGGAGCACAGAAAAAACUGAGAGAAUGUGAAUCGGUCCUUGUGAAUGACUUCUUCUUGGUAGCAUGUCUCGAAGACUUCAUUGAGAAUGCUCGCCUCUUUAUAUUUGAGACUUUCUGCCGCAUUCAUCAGUGUAUCAGCAUAAAUAUGCUGGCAGAUAAGUUAAAUAUGACCCCCGAAGAAGCUGAACGAUGGAUUGUGAAUUUAAUCCGUAAUGCAAGACUGGAUGCCAGAAUAGAUUCAAAAUUGGGUCAUGUUGUUAUGGGGAACAAUGCAGUAUCACCUUAUCAGCAAGUGAUUGAAAAAACCAAAAGCUUGUCUUUCCGAAGUCAGAUGUUAGCUAUGAAUAUUGAGAAAAAACUGAACCAGGGCAGUAGGGCUGAGGCACCUAACUGGGCUGCUCAAGACUCUAGUUUCUACUGAAAUACUUCCAGGGAAGAAAGACAACUUCCAUUUGAUAAGGACUUCAAUUAUGUACUGUUCUGAAGAAUUAAUAAUUAUGUGAACUUAGCAGCACAUUAUGAUUUGAAUAAAUUUGGCUACUUUUAAUUUA